GCCGUGGGGCCGCGGCGUCGCUUCCUGACGGGGAGGCGCGGACGGACGCGGCCGGUGCCGGCCGGGACGCCGGGCCCGCAGCCUCGCUCGCCUGCUCGCUCGCGCCGUCCGCCCGCGGGGCUACCAGCCCCCGCCGGGCCGGGGCCAUGCAGGAGAGCCAGACCAAGAGCAUGUUCGUGUCCCGGGCCCUGGAGAAGAUCCUAGCCGAUAAGGAGGUGAAGCGGCCCCAGCACUCCCAGCUGCGCAGGGCCUGCCAGGUGGCGCUCGAUGAAAUUAAAGCGGAAAUAGAAAAGCAGAGGCUUGGUGCGGCUGCACCACCAAAGGCAAACUUCAUUGAAGCUGACAAGUAUUUCCUUCCAUUCGAGCUAGCUUGCCAGUCCAAGUCCCCACGGGUGGUCAGCACAUCCCUCGACUGCUUGCAGAAACUCAUCGCAUAUGGGCACAUCACUGGCAACGCCCCAGACACUGGAGCUCCUGGAAAGCGGCUGAUUGACAGGAUCGUCGAAACCAUUUGCAAUUGUUUUCAGGGCCCUCAGACCGAUGAAGGAGUUCAGUUACAAAUAAUUAAGGCUCUUCUGACUGCAGUGACGUCCCCGCACAUUGAAAUUCACGAGGGCACCAUCCUACAGACGGUUAGGACAUGUUACAAUAUCUAUUUGGCCAGCAAAAAUCUCAUCAAUCAAACUACUGCCAAGGCCACCCUGACUCAGAUGCUGAACGUCAUUUUCACCCGCAUGGAGAACCAAGUGUUACAGGAGGCCAGAGAAUUGGAAAAACCAGUCCUGUCAAAACCCCAGUCCCCUGUGAUCCAAGCUGCAGCAGGGUCCCCAAAGUUCAAUCGCCUGAAGCAGAACCAGGCACACAGCAAACCAACAACUCCUGAAAAGACAGAUUUAACCAACGGUGAACAUACCAGGAGUGGUUCUGGAAAAGUAAGCUCAGAGAACGGAGAUGUACCUCGAGAAAGAGGCUCUUCGCUAUCAGGAACGGAUGAUGGAGCCCAGGAGGUGGUGAAGGAGAUCUUAGAAGACGUGGUCACAUCCGUCGUUAAAGAAGCUGCACAAAAGCACGGUCUGACAGAACCUGAGAGGGUUCUGGACGAGCUGGAGUGCCAGGGACGUGUUGUUUCACCAGCAGUUGAUGAAAACUCACAGACCAAUGGGAUAGCGGACGACAGGCAGUCCUUAUCAUCAGCGGAUAAUUUGGAAUCAGACGCACAAGGACAUCACGUGGCCGCCAGGUUCUCUCACAUUCUCCAGAAGGAUGCCUUCCUUGUGUUUCGCUCCCUUUGCAAGUUGUCCAUGAAACCCCUUGGUGAAGGCCCCCCAGAUCCAAAGUCCCACGAGCUGCGCUCCAAGGUGGUCUCCCUGCAGCUGCUGCUGUCCGUGCUGCAGAACGCUGGCCCCGUCUUCAGGACUCACGAGAUGUUUAUCAACGCGAUCAAGCAGUACCUCUGCGUGGCCUUGUCCAAGAACGGCGUCUCCUCAGUGCCGGAUGUCUUUGAGCUCUCUCUGGCCAUUUUUCUCACUCUUCUCUCAAACUUUAAGAUGCACUUGAAAAUGCAGAUAGAGGUCUUUUUCAAAGAGAUUUUCCUGAACAUUUUAGAAACAUCAACAAGUUCUUUUGAGCACCGGUGGAUGGUCAUUCAGACACUGACAAGGAUCUGUGCAGAUGCCCAGUGUGUUGUAGAUAUUUAUGUCAACUACGACUGUGAUUUAAAUGCUGCUAAUAUUUUUGAGCGCCUCGUAAAUGACUUAUCCAAAAUCGCUCAGGGAAGAAGUGGACACGAGCUGGGAAUGACACCUCUGCAGGAGCUCAGUCUGAGGAAAAAAGGCCUGGAGUGCCUCGUGUCCAUUCUCAAGUGCAUGGUGGAGUGGAGCAAAGACCUGUAUGUGAAUCCCAACCACCAGACUAGCCUCGGUCAGGAGAGGCCCAUGGAUCAGGAAAUGGGGGAUGGGAAAGGCCUUGACAUGGCGAGACGGAGCAGCGUGACGUCCAUGGAGUCCACGGUGUCCUCGGGGACGCAGACAACUGUGCAGGAUGAUCCGGAGCAGUUCGAGGUCAUCAAGCAACAAAAGGAGAUCAUUGAACAUGGCAUCGAGCUGUUCAACAAGAAACCCAAGAGAGGCAUCCAGUUUCUCCAGGAGCAGGGCAUGCUGGGAACGUCAGUUGAAGAGAUUGCCCAAUUCCUGCACCAAGAGGAGCGCCUUGAUUCUACCCAAGUAGGUGAUUUUCUGGGAGACAGCACGAGGUUUAACAAGGAAGUGAUGUAUGCCUACGUAGACCAACUUGACUUCCGUGAGAAGGAGUUUGUCUCAGCUCUGCGGACAUUUCUAGAAGGUUUCCGCCUACCUGGAGAAGCCCAGAAGAUUGAUCGGUUAAUGGAGAAGUUUGCCGCCAGAUACAUAGAGUGUAACCAGGGGCAAACUCUGUUUGCUAGUGCUGACACUGCGUAUGUCCUAGCGUAUUCGAUUAUUAUGCUAACUACAGACCUGCACAGCCCUCAGGUAAAAAAUAAAAUGACAAAAGAGCAGUAUAUUAAAAUGAAUCGGGGCAUCAACGAUAGUAAAGAUCUACCAGAAGAAUAUCUCUCAAGCAUCUACGAAGAGAUAGAAGGCAAGAAAAUUGCAAUGAAAGAAACAAAAGAGCAUACGAUCGCAACCAAAUCUACUAAGCAGAAUGUAGCUAGUGAAAAGCAGCGACGGCUGCUGUACAAUGUGGAGAUGGAACAAAUGGCUAAAACAGCCAAAGCUCUGAUGGAGGCUGUGAGCCAUGCCAAAGCCCCGUUUACGAGCGCCACUCACUUGGACCACGUCCGGCCAAUGUUCAAACUGGUGUGGACGCCACUGUUGGCUGCCUAUAGUAUCGGACUGCAAAACUGUGAUGACACCGAAGUGGCCUCCCUGUGCUUGGAAGGCAUCCGGUGUGCCAUCCGGAUCGCGUGCAUCUUUGGAAUGCAGCUGGAACGAGAUGCCUAUGUUCAGGCCCUUGCUCGCUUCUCCCUGCUGACAGCUAGCUCCAGCAUCACAGAAAUGAAGCAGAAAAACAUUGACACCAUAAAGACGCUUAUUACAGUGGCUCACACUGAUGGCAACUACCUUGGGAAUUCCUGGCACGAGAUCUUGAAAUGCAUCAGCCAGCUGGAGCUCGCUCAGCUGAUAGGAACCGGGGUGAAGACCCGCUACCUGUCUGGGUCUGGGCGUGAAAGAGAGGGGAGCCUGAAGGGCCACACGCUGGCGGGAGAAGAGUUCAUGGGCCUUGGCCUGGGUAAUUUGGUGAGUGGUGGAGUGGACAAAAGACAGAUGGCCAGCUUCCAGGAAUCGGUUGGCGAGACCAGUUCGCAGAGUGUGGUCGUGGCUGUAGACAGAAUUUUUACUGGAUCUACCAGACUGGAUGGCAAUGCAAUAGUUGACUUUGUUCGUUGGCUGUGUGCCGUGUCCAUGGACGAGCUGGCUUCCCCCCACCAUCCCCGCAUGUUCAGCUUACAGAAGAUUGUGGAGAUAUCAUACUACAACAUGAAUCGGAUCCGACUGCAGUGGUCCCGAAUAUGGCAUGUGAUCGGAGAUCACUUCAAUAAGGUUGGCUGUAACCCUAAUGAAGACGUGGCUAUCUUUGCUGUUGAUUCAUUAAGGCAACUUUCCAUGAAGUUUCUUGAGAAGGGAGAAUUAGCCAACUUCCGUUUCCAGAAAGAUUUUCUGAGGCCCUUUGAGCAUAUCAUGAAGAAAAACAGGUCUCCGACCAUCCGGGACAUGGUGAUCCGCUGCAUCGCCCAGAUGGUGAGCUCCCAGGCAGCCAACAUCCGCUCAGGCUGGAAGAACAUCUUUGCCGUGUUCCACCAGGCUGCCUCUGAUCACGACGGGAACAUCGUGGAGCUGGCCUUCCAGACCACGGGCCACAUCGUCACAACUACGUUCCAGCACCAUUUCCCCGCAGCCAUUGAUUCCUUCCAGGAUGCUGUGAAGUGCUUGUCGGAGUUUGCCUGCAACGCUGCUUUUCCUGACACCAGCAUGGAAGCCAUCCGGCUCAUCCGCUUCUGCGGGAAAUACGUCUCAGAGAGGCCACGGGUGCUACAAGAAUACACAAGUGACGACAUGAAUGUGGCUCCUGGUGACAGAGUCUGGGUCCGAGGCUGGUUCCCCAUCCUGUUUGAGCUCUCCUGCAUCAUUAACAGAUGCAAGCUAGAUGUGCGGACAAGAGGACUCACAGUCAUGUUCGAGAUCAUGAAGAGCUAUGGCCACACCUUUGAAAAGCACUGGUGGCAGGACCUGUUCAGAAUUGUGUUCAGGAUUUUUGACAACAUGAAGCUCCCUGAACAGCAGUCGGAGAAAUCUGAGUGGAUGACAACAACUUGCAAUCACGCACUUUAUGCUAUUUGUGAUGUAUUUACGCAAUUUUACGAAGCUUUGAAUGAAGUCCUUCUUUCUGAUGUAUUUGCACAGUUGCAGUGGUGUGUAAAACAAGAUAAUGAGCAGUUGGCUCGAUCAGGUACAAAUUGCUUAGAAAACUUAGUAAUAUCCAAUGGAGAGAAAUUCAGUCCCGAUGUCUGGGAUGAAACAUGCAAUUGUAUGCUGGAUAUUUUCAAAACAACUAUCCCACAUGUUUUGCUGACAUGGAGGCCUGCAGGAAUGGAGGAAGAUUCAUCGGAAAAACAUUUGGAUGUGGAUCUGGACCGCCAGUCUUUAAGCAGCAUAGAUAAAAAUGCCUCUGAGAGAGGCCAGAGCCAACUCUCUAACCCGACCGAUGAGAGCUGGAAAGGGAGACCAUAUGCAAAUCAGAAACUGUUUGCCAGCCUCCUCAUCAAGUGUGUGGUCCAGUUGGAAUUGAUCCAGACCAUCGACAACAUCGUGUUCUAUCCUGCAACGAGCAAAAAGGAAGAUGCGGAGCACAUGGUAGCUGCCCAGCAAGACACACUGGAUGCGGAUAUCCACAUAGAGACAGAGGAUCAGGGCAUGUAUAAGUGCAUGUCUUCCCAGCACCUCUUCAAGCUGUUGGACUGCUUACAGGAGUCCCAUUCAUUCUCAAAGGCUUUCAACUCCAAUUAUGAGCAGCGAACUGUCCUGUGGCGAGCAGGUUUUAAGGGCAAAUCUAAACCCAAUCUUCUAAAACAAGAAACCAGCAGCCUGGCCUGUUGUUUGAGGAUCCUGUUUCGAAUGUACAUCGAUGAGAACCGCAGGGAUUCCUGGGAAGAAAUACAGCAGCGACUUUUAAAUGUGUGCAGUGAAGCUCUUGCCUAUUUCAUUACGGUGAACUCUGAAAGCCAUCGGGAGGCCUGGACAAGUCUCCUGCUGUUACUUCUAACAAAAACCCUCAAAAUAAACGAUGAAAAGUUUAAAGCACAUGCUUCAAUGUACUACCCCUACUUGUGUGAAAUUAUGCAGUUUGACCUGAUUCCUGAGCUCCGAGCAGUUCUGCGGAAGUUCUUCUUACGGAUAGGUGUUGUGUAUAAGAUAUGGAUUCCAGAAGAGCCAUCACAAGUACCAGGGACCCUGUCACCAAUGUGGUAGCCCAGGCCACUGCUCCUCCUCUGUAGAAUGUUCACUAUGCCACCUCUACCUGGCACAUCUCCUGAAGGGUCAGAUCAUAGAAACAAGAAGUCAGCGUCUUGGAGCUCGGAAUGGUCUGGAUAAAGAUGGCCUCUGCGCUGGCCCCAUCAGAGUCCCUGACUAAGGCAUUGUGGUAUUUCAUUAAACUGUUGCAUACCCAGUUAACACAGUAGGUGGGGUGUCUGUUUCAUCUCUGUCAUUCCAUUUUACUGAUUGAAUUGUUUGUCAAAUCUGUCAUUGCACAUGCCGUCAUUUUCUAGCAAGGUCCCAUGAUUGGCUGUAAACAUUUUGUCAGAGGAAGUCGUUCUCCUUGAAAAUACUGAACAUAGUUGUAUAGGUUCGUGAUUAUUAGAGAGUAUGUUAAUAAAAUUUCUUGUAACGGCUAAGUGCCACCUAAAAUAUGCUGGGUUUUUUGUUCUUGUUUGAGUGUGUUAGAGAAGUUUGAGUGUUUUUGUCAGUUGUGAGUCAGCUGUAGUUAGAUUAGUUUGGGGAAAGGUAGGGAACAAAAGGGUUUUGGGUUCCCCCCACCCCGUUUUAUGACUGAGUGAUUUUAAAGUAUUUUAUAAAAAGAUACGGAAGAUUUGAUUGAAGGCAGAGUUUAGUAAUCAAGUUAGAAUUAAGAUUUUGCAAAGUUAAAAGUAGUGCCUCCUGACUCUCUGUUUCAGUAACUUGGGGAGAAAAGUCUAUAGGAAACAGUAAAAAUGUAAUGAAGAUGAUUAGCCUUCCUUGAAGUAAGUGUUUGUGUUGGAUGGGUAUGAAAUUAAAAUUUCCAGAAUAUGCUGUCCAUCUCACACACUCUGAAAUCUAAUAUAUGAAGUAGUAAUGAAAAUGAAGUAGUAAUUUAACAGAGUUCAUUUAUAUUUGAGUAAACCUUUUAUUUUUUACCUCAGAACAGUGAGUGUACCAGUUGUUAGUAGCUGAAUUCUUUGGAAAGGUUAGAUUCCGAGGCCCUUUUUUAUGUUAAUGAUGGUGCAAUACUCUUGACUGCAGUAGAACUGGAUCUGAUGCAGCUUAUGUAAAAGUGGGGCAGUAGACAGGUAAGGCCUGAAGGCUGCAAGCAGUAUGAGUCAGUGAGAAAGAGAAUACACACAUCAUACUCUGCCCUCUCAUCCACUCACCUCGAGUGGCAUCCAGCAUUAGCAAAAGUGUUACAGAGUUAUUAAAACAUUCAGACUUCUACCUAUGCCCUUUGGUCCUGUAAAUUGGGAUGUAUUGAUGUCAACUCUGGUGCCUUAGAAGAUAGUAAGUUGGGAACCUAUCUAUAAAAUCGGAUUAUUUUUCUUUAUAGAGAAGGAUUUCUGGUGCUUUUGUUUAUUAAGAAACCGAUUUCUUAAAUUUUUUUGUUUUUAACAGCUUUGAGAAAUGUUUGGUUUGGGCCAGCAGUACUGUCUACUUUUUUCUUUUCCCAAAAGUAUUUUAAUUUCUUUACCAAAGAAUAAAAGAGCGGGUUUGUGUUUUUACGUUACUUACAUACAUCGAAGAGGAGCUAUAUAAUUUAGCAGGAAGGGACUGUGGAAGAGUGUUUUACUGUGAAUGGAAAAUGUUAGCACAUUUGACUGACUUGUCUUGAAUCCGUUACAUCUUUACAUGGCAAAGUGGAAGCUGCAUUCUGAGACUUACUCUCUGGUACUAUAGUUCGUUACAACCUCAGCAAGUCAGUCAUCUCCACUGCUAUUUGUACUAAAGGUAUAAAUUGGGAACACACAAGUUCACUACAUUUUCUGUCCAACUGCAUCCCUGAUUGAGAUUUUUCCUUUCCGAGGUUGUCAUGUGACAUUUUCUUCAAUUGUGACUACAAGACUUUUCCAGUAUACUCCUGCCUUCCCCUUAAUGUUUGCCUCUUCUUGCAGAGUAAGAAAUGUGUAAGUCCAUCUGUUAUUUGCUGAAAUAUUCAGGUUUUAAUUUCUUUUUGUGUUUUAAACAAUUCAGUUUUCUGAAUGAAGCAUUGGAAUUGUACCAGCAUGGACCUUUAAAAACUGGAUGUAAAACCAUUUAGGAUAAUUUUUCUUGUUGGUGGACCAUGAGGUAUUAAGGAAAUCCCUUACCUCCAAUAAUAAGCCAUUCAGCCUAAAUUCUACUUUGUGAGUAAAUCUAUUUCAUGAUAAGGGUGGCUUGUGCCACUCAAACACUAGUGACAAAGGGUGUGUAUGACUCUGCAGCACCGGGCCAGGACACCAUUUAUCAAUUAAGUUAUGGAGAAAGGAGAAGCAUUUCCAAGGCCUUAUUUCUUUUCUCAGAAUGCUUUAAGUGUUGAUUUUAUGUGCUGGGUCUCUAGAGAAGUUAUUUGUCACAAUACUGCUGCUUUGAGCAAUUUUGUUUUUCUUCAUUGUCCUUAAUGGAAAUCACCAGCUUUGGUAUCUUAACAACAAACAGAUGGGAAGUUUUAUUUCUAAUACGCAUCUUUAGAGUCAAAUACACUUUUUCCCUGAUACUCCUCACAUACAACCAAAGAACAUACAUUAUGGAAAUUGUAUAUCUAGAAACACAGCAUUUUCUUCUGACAGGUGACUUUUGUACAAAAUGCAAAAAAAAAAACACCUAAACUUUUUUGUUCUGUUGUGAUUAUGGCUAUACAUUUAGUAACCUUUAAUAGUUAUUAAAGAUACCUGUUGACAAAUGCAAGUAUGACCAUCUCAUUCAAAUGUUUGUUGUUAUGAUGCAAGUGGAUAUUGGUUUAAAAAGAAGCUGGAUUCUCAAUACUGCAUUUUCUGAAUUCUGUUUCAAUGUUUGUGUUAAGGUAAACAUAGCUUGAACUCAACAUGAAAUCCUGGAAUUUUGCCAUCAGCAGCUUUGUAGUUUGGGAUACAAAGAAACCAAAGCUGAAUAUUUAAAAGAAUGAAUAUAUCUGGAAAUCCUUGCCCUCAAAAAAAGACAUCAAAGAUAUAGUUUUUCUCAGUGUUCUAAUUUUUAAAAAAAUUUUAUCUGCAUAUUUGCAUCAAAUAUUUAUGUGCAAAAUGUUUUACCUCCUUAAAAUGCCUAAAAAUUAAUAGCUACUUUUGUUUAAUCUAUACACGAUGAUUAAGUGCAUUUAAUAUUGGUAAUUUAAUGAAAAGCAUUCCUGAUGUAUACAUUUUUGAAAGAAUAAGCAGAAUUAUAUAAUAUUAAAUGCUAUGUAAAGUUUUCUAUGUAAAAAUAUUAUGUAUAAUACUGUUAAAAUAUC